AUCAAUAAACCGGAAGUUUUUUAACGUUAAACAAAAUGGCUGCAAAGUAGAUGUUACCGCAAAAAGAUCAAAUAAUGUAAAUUAUAAUACAAUAACCAUGAGUGGAAGAAGAUCAAGAACGCCGGGAACUCCGAGAAAAACAAGAACUAGGCGAGAACAAAUCGCUUUUGAAGAAAUUCCAACAAAAGAUAUCUCGAAGUCCAAAUCAGUCGGCGGUACACCAAAAACUAGACGCUUAAUUACAAAUUCGGCACCAAAUUCUACAAACAGGAGAAGUUGUCCAGAAAUCAGCGAUGUAAAAGAACAAAAGAAGCAUUUUCGGCGACACAGUGAAAACAGGGCGUUUGUGGUUCAACCAAAGCCUUACAUCAAUGAAGCGGAUGUCAGAAGAAAAUCUUUGUCACAAAAUAAUUUGGUGCAACCCAAUGUAACGAAUAAUUCCAUAACAUUAGAUCAAUCAGAUAUAAGUACGAGAUCAUCAACAAGUAGUUUAUCAACUAAUAUUUACAAGUUGUGGAAAAAUGGAAAACUGUGUGAUGUGAUUAUACACGCAGGCGGUACUCAGUUUCAUGUUCAUCGUUUAGUAUUGGCCGCAAGUUGUGAACAGUUUGAAGCACAAAGGCAGACGAGAUAUCAGUAUGACAUACCAAAUGUUAGCGCAGAGGUAAUGAAUGAAGUGCUGGAUUUCUUCUAUACAUUUAAAUUGAAACUAACAUCCGCAAAUAUUGAAGAAGUGUUGGAAAUCAGUCAAAAUCUGGGCGCUCGAAAGCUUUUAGAUCUGUGUAUAAAUUUUUUAAUGAAAAUAAACUUGAACAAUGCUGUGAGAAACAGAAAAGCCGCACAAAGGUUUGGACUUAAAAGUGUUAUGUCUACAAUUGACAAAUAUGUUCAUGAGCAUUUCUCAGCUCUAAUAACAACGUCAUCAUUUCUUGAAAGUGAGUUCAAUUAUAUCUAUGACAUUAUAUCGUCAGAUAUUUUAACAAAACCAAACGAACUACAAAUAUUCCGCGCAUGUGCACAGUGGAUUGACUACAAACGUACUGACCGCAUCAAAUACGCCAUCCCGUUGAUAAGUCUUAUCAGGUUUGCUCACAUCGCUCCUUCAGAUAUUGUCUCACAGGUAGAAUCAGUGAACUUCAUUUUUGAAAUUCCAGAAUGUAAAGAACUGCUCUACAAUGCAUUCAGACAUCAUGCUUUGUUUGAUGAGGGAAGCACUCCAAGUCGAUCAACUGUAGUUUCUCAAAGCGGUUUGCUGCAUGAUAAUGUACAGAAGAACACAGGUAUAAGUAUUAGCACAGCCCAAACUCAGCAUGAUGCCGAGUCCUCAGAAACGGCUGCAGAUUUAUCUUGUACGGCUACGUCAAUGGAAUACGAGGUACAUAGCGUUCAACCAGCUAAGUUCGGACAAGACUGUGGUUCGGAUAAUGAUCCGGACAUAAUUCGCCGUUCAAAACGUUCCACGUCAGAGCCCGCUGCACACAGUCAGACUACAAGAGAAGAUUCAAGUAUGGAAAGUACAUUAAACAACAGUAGUUCUACAAUGACAAAAGAAAUGCAGGGAAGCCCAUGUGUGAAAACACUGACUGAAAAGUUUUCAAAGGGGGGUGCUGUUGUAAGUAACAAAAAAGUGUCAAAGGGUGCUGCUGUAAGUAACAAAAAAGUGUCGAAUGAUUUGGCACAUAUCAUAGACUUCUUUGAGCCGACAAGUAAAUUUUCUGAUCAGACUAGCACAAAUAAAGCAAAGAAAAAGAAAAGACUUGAAGACCUACUUAUGGAGCAAAGGAACAACACACGCACAACAAAUCAUUCAGGUUCUUCAUCAAACGCAAAGAAAUCUACUUUCCAUGACAGAAUACCUAAGAAAGAUUCCGACCACGAAGUAGGUCGCAUACCCUCUACCGCUUUCACAUACCUUUCAACACAGGGAGGGAAAUUUCCUGAACACCAGAAAAACACCGGGAACUUAACGGAAUUAUCCUCAAUCAAGUCUGAAUCAGAGUCUGAUCUUCCACCACCACCAGUACCUCCCGUAAUAUUGAUUGCAGGUGGCGCUAGUGCAUAUGAAAAUAAUUCAAGAAUGGACUGUGUAAACAACUGCAUCCAACAAUUAGAUCCUGAACUAAACUCAUGGCGCCUAAGGUCCCGUAUUCCAAUGUCCGUGCUUUACAGUGGCAUAGUUUUGCUGGAUCCAUAUCUAUACAUGAUGGGCGGUCAGACGACGAAAGAACAAUGUCCCGUGCCGAUAAAAGAUUGUUACAGGUAUGAUGUUACGAAUGACCAAUGGGAUAAAGUUGCUUCGUUAAGAACGGCGCGAUAUCGACAUGCGGCUGUCGUAUUAAAUAGAAUUAUUUAUGUGAUCGGAGGCGAAGAUAGCAUCGGUAUGAGCUGUAAUACGGUUGAAGUAUACAACCAGAUGAGUAAUACAUGGAAAUUUGCUGAAGGUAUGCACGAGGCACGUGUCAGUCCGGCUGCUGCUGCUCAUCGCGGACGUCUAUUUGUAGCCGGCGGUAUGAUGGACAUGGAUGAAAAACUAGCCUUGAACACCAUGGAAGUUUAUAACCCAAGAACGCGAUCCUGGACAUUUAGAUAUCCACUUCCGGUUGCAUUGUGUGGCUCAUCGAUGGUGGAGAUUGCCGGAAAGCUGUAUUUAGUUGGCGGAUUUGUGAUACGCGAUGGAGAGCCGUUAAGCCUUGAUUCUAUAUUCCGGUACAGUGACGAAGCUGACACUUGGAUUGGAUACAAGACAUUACACGUACCCCGUCACGACGCCGUCACUGUCACCCUUGACAACAAACUUUUUAUCCUAGGAGGUCAGAGUUCUGCUGCAAUGGGGCACGCUCUCUCAAAUGUAGAAUGUAUCGAUGUUGAGACUGACAAACACCUGACUGGGGUUGCACCGUUGUUAACACAAGCUUACGGUAUAUGUGGCUGCGUAUUAUCAAAUUAACAUGAAUGAUGUAUAACUGUUUAUCAAAUUUAGUCAUAACAAUUGCCAAAACAUUUUAUAAUAGUGGUUAACUUAAUGAGUAACUUUCGGAAAAUAAUGUGAAUUUUAUCAACGAAAAAAGCAACAAAAAACAAUCUAUUUGGAGAAGUCAUCAAAUAAUCAUUUAAACAGACUUGAAUGCCUGAACGUUAAUAAAGCUCAAUCUAUUAAGAUAUAUGGUUUAUGUAAUAAUAUAUAAAUAAAUAAUCUAACAAAC